AGUCAGUCUCGACUAUUGUCCGGUUCAACUCGCUUCAGUCGAUUAUCCUCAAGUAAACUCUUUUUCUCACAAUGUCUAAUAUCAUUUUCGUAUCUUUCUUGAUUGUCUGCUGUGUAUCGUCUGCUUGGGCAAGCCUCAAUCUUCAUGGAGCACCGCUUCUUGAGGGGCUGACUUCUUACACCAUCGAGGUAAAGACAAGCCAAGUGACAAAGAAACAUACUUGUUACAUUACAUCCGGCGUGGUUACCCAAUGUCGGCGAAAACGUGGCAUGGAAGAGAAAAUCGAAUAUGGAGAUUUCGAGAUUCAACCAUCAGCCGUCAUUGGAAUUGAAGCCACUCCCGUUCCUCGUGCAUUGAACCCGAUGAAUUUCUACAAUUCUGAAAAGGUUAUCGGCUCAUUCGACGAUUCGUAUUUCAACUCUCAGAAUAUUUUCCGACAAAUCGCUGCUAAGGGCCGUAGCAAUAAGAUCACAGUCGGUGAUUGCGGCCAAUCCACCGUCAAUCUCAGCGAGUUCCUUUCUUGCUUGGGCAUGACUGUUCAAGAGACCACAGUUUUGACGGCCACUUUUACAGAAAUCGAAACCACGACUUCGGGAACCGCUACAAUGACUGUCAAGGGUUGUACACCAGCAGGUUUCCCUUACACUUAUUGCCCUUAAAUAGAAUGAAUUCAGCUAUAGCCAGGUUAAUGCUUCCACAUCCUGCAUUUCGAAUUCGUUAAUGGUAAAUGACUUGUGCAAUUCCCUCCCGAUUCCUGGUAAUGGAAAAAAUU